CCAGAGACAGAAGACACCAUGACCCCAACCAUGAUGGCCAUGCUCUGUCUAGGGCUGAGUGUGAGCUCCAGGACCCGAGUGCAGGCAGGGACCCUCCCCAAACCCACCAUCUGGACUGAGCCAGGUUCUGUGAUCCGGUGGGGGAUGCCUGUGGCCAUCAGGUGUCAGGGGAGCCUGAAGGCCCAGGAGUACCUCCUGCAUAAAGAGGGGAAGUUAUGGCCUUGGGAGAGACAGCCUGCACUGGAACCCAAGGACAAGGCCAAGUUCUCCAUCAUGUACAUGACAGAGCAAUAUGCAGGACGAUAUUGCUGCUACUAUAGAAGCGCCACUGACCAGUCAGAUUACAGUGACCCCUUAGAGCUGGUGGUGACAGGAUUCCAUGGCAAACCCAACCUCUCAGCCCUACCCAGCCCUGUUGUGCCCUCAGGAGGGAAUGUGACCCUCCAGUGUGGUUCACAGACAGGAUUCCACAGGUUCGUCCUGAUGAAGGAAGGAGAAGACCAAACGUCCUGGACUCAGGACUCCCAGCGAGCCCCCAGUGAGGUGUUCCAGGGCCUGUUCCCUGUGGGCCCCGUGGACCCCAGCCUCAAGUGGUCGUUCAGAUGCUAUGGUUAUUACAGCAACACCCCCCAAGUGUGGUCACUCUCCAGUGACCCCCUGGAGCUGUUGGUCUCAGAAGCAUCUGACAACAUCAGCUCAUCACAAACCAAGUCAGAUCCCAGCAGUGCCUCUGACCCCAAGGAUUACACAGUGGAGAAUCUCAUCCGAAUGGGCAUGGCUACUGUGAUGCUGGUGGUCCUCGGGAUUCUCCUCUUUGAGUCCUGGUACAGUCAGAGAAGAACCCAAGAUGCAGCCAGCAGGUAAACACAAGAGUGAACAACGCAACAAUCAAAGUCGCAGAGCCUGGGAAAUACAUCUCCUGUGCCCAGAAGGUUCUAGAGGAGCAUGUAGGGCAUGUUCUGUGUAAACUGACAGCAGGUCAU